AUGUCAAUCGUCUACUGGCCUGUUGUAGGUUUUGAUGAUGACCUGAACUGCAUAUUCAAUGAUGACAAUGCAGAGAAGCUUGUAUUACGACUGAGAAUCAUGAAUUCUGAGGACAGCAAGAUGCAAGAGGAGGAGGCAAUGGCAGACAAGAUGGAGGACGACAUAUUCCUGAGAUGCAUUGAGGCAAACCUGCUGUCAGACAUGUCACUGCAGGGCAACGAGGCCAUCCAUAAGGUAUACAUGCACCUGCCAAACACAGAUGACAAAAAGCGGAUCUUCAUCACAGAUGAGGGUGAGUUCAAGGCCGUUGCAGAGUGGUUCCUGGAGACUGACGGCACCUCGCUGGUCAGGGUGCUCAGUGAAAGAGACGUGGACCCUGUACGCACCAGUACAAAUGAUAUCGUCGAGGUGUUUGCGACACUAGGUAUUGAAGCUGUCCGAAAAUCGAUAGAGAAGGAAAUGAACCAUGUGAUCUCGUUUGACGGCUCCUAUGUGAACUACCGUCACCUGGCUUUGCUGUGUGACGUAAUGACUGCAAAGGGUCAUUUGAUGGUCAUCACACGUCAUGGUAUCAACAGGCAGGAGACUGGCGCACUUGCUCGAAGAGACUUUGAAGUUGAUAUUCUGAUGGAGGCUGCAGCCCAUGCUGAGUCCGACCCAAUGAAGGGCGUGUCUGAGGCGAUCAUGCUGGGACAGCUGGCGCGUAUUGGCACAGGCUGCUUUGACCUGCUCCUGGACGCAGAGAAGUGCAAAUAUGGCAUGGAAAUACCCAACACCAUGGGGCCUGGCAUGAUGGGAGGUCUAGGCAUGAUAAUGGGUGUAGCCGGCAGCCCUGCUCAGGGAAUGUCCCCGCAGAUGACCCCCUGGAACCAGGGAGCUACUCCCAGGUACGCAAGCGUCUGGUCCCCAGGGGUGGGAAGCGAUAUGACCCCAGGGGCAGCUGGAUUUUCCCCGUCUCAAAGCGAGAGCGGCUACAGUCCUUGCUACAGUCCUGCCUGGUCACCACAGCAUGGCUCACCCAGCUCGCCCUCCAGCCCAUAUAUUCCAAGCCCCAGAGGUCCUAUGUCUCUAAGCUACAGCCCCACCUCGCCUUCGUACAUUCCCAGCUCGCCUGCAAUGUCUGGAGGCACUCCACAGAGUCCUGGGUACUCUCCCACCAGCCCCAGUUACAGUCCAACUAGCCCUGGGUAUUCACCGACAUCGCCUAACUACAGUCCGACAUCACCAUCCUAUUCACCUACAAGUCCAUCAUACAGUCCUACGAGUCCAUCAUACAGCCCGACCAGUCCGUCAUAUUCCCCAACCAGCCCAAACUACAGUCCGACAAGUCCUAGCUACUCUCCAACGUCGCCCAGUUACAGCCCUACUUCACCGAGCUACAGUCCGACAAGCCCCAGCUAUUCCCCAACCAGCCCCAGUUAUUCUCCCACAUCACCGAGUUACAGUCCAACCUCACCCUCCUACUCCCCCACAUCCCUUAGCUACUCCCCCACGUCGCCUAGCUACAGCCCCACCAGCCCCUCUUACUCCCCCACCUCCCCGAGCUAUUCCCCUACGUCGCCCAGUUACUCCCCUACUAGCUCCAAUUACAGCCCCAGCUCGCCCAGCUACAGCCCCUCCAGCCCUAGCUACUCCCCUUCGUCACCUGCUUACUCCCCCUCUAGUCCGAACUACAGCCCCUCUUCACCCUCAUACUCCCCCUCCUCACCGAAAUACAGCCCACAAUCCCCCUCCUACUCGCCAACAAGCCCCUCAUAUUCACCCUCCAGCCCCAAAUAUUCACCCACAUCCCCGAGCUUCUCCCCUGGAAACUUCAGCCACUCGUCAAGCUCCCCUCAAUGUUCCCCCUCAUCCCCGGCAUAUUCACCCUCCUCCCCUGCAUAUAGCCCAGGCAUGGCCAGUGACCGAGGCUCACACAAGUACUCGCCAAGCUCCCCACAAUACAGUCCGACAUCCCCCAACGUAUUCUCCCUCGAGCCCACAGUACUCGCCCGCCAGUCCAAGCUAUUCUCCAUCAAGUCCACAAUAUUCGCCUGCUAGUCCGUCGUACAGCCCAUCAAGUCCACAAUACAGUCCUUCUUCCCCUGCCUACACCCCAACAACUCCAAAGUAUUCCCCUACUAGCCCGACAUACAGUGCUGCGGAUGAUAGUGAUUCAGAUUAGGCGGAUUUGGUGGCUGACUUGUGUUGUAGGGGUUCCAGUGUUGACUUGUACCAUAACAAAAAAAGGGCAGAUAUCAUGUCAUUGUUCUUUACUCAGUCAGUGUGAUAAGGAACAUUGAUCGUGUGUUUGAAUUAAACCUUGUUUGAUAUUGACUUGCGCCAUUCACAUUCAAUUUUGGUGGUUAUUGUUUUUGUCAUGGACUUAGAUGGUAAAUUUGGUAAAGAAACACGCCAUGUUUGUUUUGCAUAUACAUGGACUUUAAUUGUUACAAUUCUGACAUGUGUCUUAAAGCGGGUAUAUACGAUUUUGUCAAAUAUUUAUGAAUUUCUAUAAACUAUGUAAAAAACUUAUUAUAUAUAUAUUUCAAUAUAAAUAAAAAUAAAAGUUAAGAAGAACAUGUGUCGAAAAAUUCAACAUAAUCCAGAUAUUUAAUUCUGAAAUUGAAAACGGCUGUACAGCCGAAUUCGCCAGCAUGUAUACCAUACAUGUACGAUGUGCAUCUAAACUUAGUUUAACAGUUUAUUUGAAUUCCUGCAACGAUAUCUAUUCAUACGACACACGAACACUAUCUCCGAUCGUAAAAAAAGACGAAUGCUUCGGUUAUUGUAGGAAAAUAUGUACGUCACUAUCGGCUCGGGGCGCUAAUUUGUCUUUGCUGCAUUUUAUGAAAUUCAGCUUUAAUGUAUAAUUUUUCUUGCCUAUUUUGUGUUAUUGUGACAUAUUUUAUCAAUAUAUUACUAUUAAACACAUAUAAAAAAUCGUAUAUACCCGCUUUAAAUUAACAAUUGCAGAAAUCAUUCAUGUACUUUGUGAAUGACUUUGACUUUUUAAGUCAGUACUUGUAAACAAAUGUGUGUUGAUAAUUGCUGUAUAUAUGUAUAUUGUCAAUUUGCGUAGAAAAAGCGCAUUAAAAGCUUCAAUCAUGUUGGUUGUAUAAGCUGUGUGUGUGUGCAUACAUAUUUAGUGGAAAUUGUCGUUGUAAGCAUUAGAGUAUGCAAUAUUUGUUAUGAAUGUAUGUUUUGAAUGAAAAUCUUGUGUGGCUUGAAAGCAGACUGUGUGACUAUGACUGUUCAAACUUCAAUAGGAAGUGUGAUUGUUACAUUUGAAAUACUGUAAUUACAAUGCUGUGUACUUUUGUUGUAUUGUGCAGUGUUUUUUUAGCUCAUCUAAUUUUUGAAAAAAAAUUAUGAGCUAUUGUCAUCACCUUGGCGUCGGCGUUGGCGUCCGCUUAAGUUUUGCGUUUAGGUCCACUUUUCUCAGAAAGUAUCAAUGCUAUUGCAUUCAAACUUGGUACACUUACUUACUAUCAUGAGGGGACUGGGCAGGCAAAGUUAGAUAACUCUGGCGUGCAUUUUGACAGAAUUAUGUGCCCUUUUUAUACUUAGCAAAUUGAAAAUUUUGGUUAAGUUUUGCGUUUAGGUCCACUUUUCUCAGUAGUAUCAAUGCUAUUGCAUUCAAACUUGGUGCACUUACUUACUAUCAUGAGUGACUGUGCAGGCAAAGUAAUGUAACUCUGACUGGCAUUUUGACAGAAUUAUGUACCCUUUUUAUACAUAGAAAAUUGAAAAUUUGGUUAAGUUUUGUGUUAAGGUCCACUUUAUUCCUACAGUAUCAAAGCUAUUGCUUUCAUACUUGCAACACUUAUUAACUAUCAUAAGGGGACUGUGCAGGCAAAGUUAUGUAACUCUGACUGGCAUUUGGACGGAAUUAUGGGCCCUUUAUACUCAGAAAAUUGAAAAUUUGGUUAAGUUUUGUGUUUUGGUCCACUUUACCCCUAAAGUAUCAUAGAUAUUGCUUUCAUACUUGGAACACUAGCAAACUAUCAUAAGGGUACAGUAAAAGGACAAUAUGCAUAACUCUGGUUGUAAUUUUUACGGAAUUAUGGCCCUUUUUGACUUAGUAACUUUGAAUUUAUGGUUAAAUUUUGUGUUUUGAUCUACUUUACUUCUUAAGUAUCAAGGCUAUUGCUUUCAAACUUCAAAUACUUUCAUGCUAUCAUGAGGUUACUGUACCUGGCAAGUUGAAUUUUACCUUGACCUUUGAAUGACCUUGACUCUCAAGGUCAAAUUAUUAAAUUUUGCUAAAAUUGCCAGAACUUCUUUAGUUAUGAUUAGAUUUGAUUGAUACUUUGACAAAACUACU